UGGCGUUUCUCAGAAAACUAAAUAGAACUGCUGUACAAUUCAGCAAUCCCAUACUGGGUAUGUAGUCGAAGAAGGGGAUCGACACGUCAAGAGAUGUCUGUGCUCCUGUGUUCAUGGCAGCACUCUUCACAGUACCCAGAGUGUGGAGCUCACCUAGACGUCCAUUAGCAGAUAAAAAGGAAAUGUGGUGUAGAUACAGGAUGGGAUGCUCUUCAGCCAUAAGAGGGCAUGAGUCUCAGUCUUUUCCCAGGCUUGGGAUAGGUGGUAAGGUACUGUCCUGUGAGGCGGGGUGCCAGCAGCGAGGCACAAUCCCCAGUGACUCAGCGGCCCUGAGGGUAAGUAACUGAUACCACACAGUGCUCUGUGUUGUCAGUCGUUUAGUCACAGGCAUUCAGCAUGUUACAUGAAGUAUUCACAGCUUUUCAUAGAAGAGGCUUCGGGUUAGAUUAUUUUGCUGAGUGGGCUAAUGUAACUGCUGAGCACAUUUGAGGUAGGGUGGGCUGAGCUGUGGUGUUUGGUAUGUUAGGUCUGUUCAAGGCAUUUUUUACAUCUAAGAUAUUUUCAGUUUGUGAUGGGUUUAUAGGAAUGUAAUCCCUUUGUAAGUCCAGGAGCAUCUGUACUGUGAAAACUUACUGUACUGACCUAGAACGCAGAAUUAGCAUGAAAAUGAGGAAAGUGAGUUGCUCCAUGUUCCCUACUAGUUCGGCGCCUCUGCUGUAUUUUUGUACCACACUCUUGUCUGUUUUUCCUUCCACAGCAAGUGAACUACACAACGUCUUGCAGCCGUUUCUGCUGAGGAGAGUGAAAGCAGAGGUAGCUAAAGAACUUCCCAAGAAGACAGAAGUAGUGAUAUACCAUGGCAUGUCAGCAUUGCAGAAAAAAUACUACAAGGCUAUUUUGAUGAAAGACCUAGAUGCAUUUGAAAAUGAGAUGGCAAGGAAAGUUAAACUUCAGAAUAUCUUAUCCCAGCUUCGAAAGUGCGUGGAUCACCCAUAUUUGUUUGAUGGUGUGGAGCCAGAGCCUUUCGAAGUUGGAGACCACCUGAUUGAGGCUAGUGGGAAACUUCACCUGUUGGAUAAGCUGCUGGCAUUCCUGCAUUCCAGGGGCCAUCGCGUCUUACUCUUCUCUCAGAUGACCCAGAUGUUGGAUAUUCUCCAGGACUAUAUGGACUACAAAGGCACCAACUGCCAGCGUGUGGAUNNNUCUGUGAGAGGCGAAGAGAGACACCUGGCCAUCAAGAACUUUGGACAGCAGCCCAUCUUUGUUUUUCUCCUGAGCACCAGGGCAGGUGGAGUUGGCAUGAACUUAACAGCAGCAGAUACUGUUAUUUUUUUUGACAGUGAUUUUAAUCCUCAAAAUGACUUGCAGGCAGCUGCCAGAGCUCACCGAAUUGGCCAGAACAAGGCUGUGAAAGUGAUCCGGCUGAUUGGCCGAGACACUGUGGAAGAAGUAGUUUAUAGGAAAGCCGCCUCCAAACUGCAGCUCACCAACACGAUCAUAGAAAGAGGCCAGUUUACUCUGGGAGCCCAGAAACCUUUGGCUGAUCCUGACCUCCAGUUGAGUGACAUCCUGAAAUUUGGCUUGGAUAAACUGCUGUCCUCUGAGGGGAGCACCCUGGAGGAGGUAGACCUGGAGUCCAUCCUGGGAGAGACGGAAAACGGCCAGUGGGCCUCUGACGCCCUGCCUGCAGCUGGAGGAGGGAGCAGAGAGCAGGAGGAAGGAAAAAGCCAUAUGUACUUAUUCGAAGGUAAAGAUUAUUCUAAAGAGCCCAGUAAGGAAGACAGAAAAUCAUUUGAACAACUGGUGAAUCUUCAGAAAACCCUUUUGGAGAAAACAAGUCAAGAAGGCCGGUUACUCCGAAACAAAGGCAGUGUUCUUAUCCCAGGCCUGGUGGAGGGGUCCGCCAAAAGGAAGCAGAUUCUGAGCCCAGAAGAACUGGAGGAAAGACAGAAAAGAAGACAAGAAGCAGCAGCCAAGAGAAAGAGAUUAAUAGAGGAAAAGAAGAGGGCAAAGGAAGAGGCUGCACAUAAGAAAAAGAUGGCUUGGUGGAAGUCCAACAACUACCGGUCCUUCUGCCUGCCCUCUGAGGAGAGUGAGCCUGAAGACCUCGAAGAUGAGGAAGACAGGGGUGCUGCCGAGCUGGGCUGCGAAGACCCAGAGCCAGCGUCCAUCAAGUAUGUUAGCGGUGACGUCACACACCCCCAGGCCCAGGCCGAGGACGCCUUCAUUGUGCAUUGUGUAGAUGACUCUGGCCGCUGGGGCAGAGGUGGCUUAUUCACGGCUCUGGAAGCGCGAUCAGCUGAGCCAAGAAAAACAUAUGAGCUGGCAGGAAAAAUGAAAGACUUGAGUUUGGGAGGUGUCCUUUUAUUUCCUAUUGAUGAUAAAGAGUCAAGAAACACAGGGCAAGAUCUGUUAGCCUUGGUAGUGGCUCAGCACCGCGAUCGCUCCAAUGUCCUGUCUGGCAUUAAGAUGGCAGCCCUAGAAGAGGGCCUCAAGAAGAUAUUUUUAGCAGCAAAGAAAAAGAAAGCAAGUGUUCAUCUUCCACGCAUCGGUCAUGCCACCAGGGGUUUUAACUGGUAUGGCACUGAGCGACUUAUUCGGAAACAUCUGGCUGCCAGAGGCAUCCCGACUUACAUAUAUUACUUCCCUAGAAGCAAGACUGCUGUUCUUCAUUCACAGUCCCCACUUGCCUCCUCAGCACAGCAGGUGCCUUAACAGUAGGCCCUGCACCAGAUCCAGUAGUUAGCAACCAGCUAUCAAGAUAUUGGCCCAGGGGCUGGAGUGGUGGCUCAGUGGUAGAGGCUCGCCUAGCACGGUCAAGGCCCUGGGUUCCAUCCUCAGCACCACGUAAAAAUAAAUAAAUAAAUUAAAGAUAUUAUAUCCAACUAUAACUAAAAAAUAAAUAUUUAAAAAAAAAAGAUAUUGGUCCAGACUGACUAUCAUGGGUAUCUUAGAAAAGAAUUGGGCCAGGCAUCAUAAUGCACACCUAUAAUUCCAGUGACUCAGAAGGCUAAUGUAGGAGGAUUGCAAGUUCAAGGCCAGCCUCAGCAACUAGCAAAACACUAUCUCAAAAAGGACUGAGGAUGUGGUUAAGCAUCCCUCGAUUCAAUCUCAAUACCAAAAAAAGGGGGAGGGGAUUUGGGGAGCUUUGGGAUAGUGUUUUUCUAAUUCUAACUUUGUUCUCCUAGAUGUGUUACUCUGAUAUGGUACCUGUAAUAGAGGAUGCACAACUUAUUUGGGAAGGUUAUUUGAUCUCAGUUUGUAUAACUAUUUGCAUAAUGAUAAAUAUUCUGGUCUCUUUGCCAUUUUAUUCUUUUCCUCUAUAUCUAGGUUUUUUCCUCCUUCACCAGAUGUUUUCUUUACAGAAGGAAAGACAGUCUGGAUUAAGGAGAUACAAAGGAAAUAGAACAGGGUGUCUGGGAGAAGGAAGCACCUUCAGGUAAUUCAUGCCUCAGGAAUAGAGCUGAGAAGAGAGUCUUGAUCCAGACAAGUGAAGCUUCUCCUGCCCUUCUUUUUGCACUGCUUAGUAUCUCAGUCUGAAAAAAAUCACUUUGGCCGAGAGGCCUGUCAAAUGCAACUUCAGAAAAAACAGUGAAUCUCCUUUCCCCUACCCAUUAAAUCCAUUUCAGCUUCAACACAUGAGAGAAUUGUGAAAAUGGCACAAAGCAGGCAUAGAAUGACUAGUGGUGUUGGGGAAGGUCGGGGCCGAGAACCACUGGGGAAAGAGUCACAGGGAUAAACCCAAGUCCGACUUUUCCCACUUCUGUAUGUGAAGUCUUCGCCUUGGGCGCUGUCCUCAGCCAGCCUAAUUUCUGCCUCUUUGAGGCCAUCAACACCCUGAAUGCUGCAGAGUCCUUGUCAGAGGUCUCAGACAGGGGCCUUUGAUGCAGGAAAACCUCACAGAGCCAGGAUCAUGAUCUAAGAAAGGUACUACUUCCAGUACUUUAUGAUUCUGUUCAACUCCCUACCUAUACCUUCAUCCUUCGGCAGCUUAGCAUCUGUGCCAGAGAUGAGUUAGACCCCAAAUUCAUGAUUCCUUAUUCUUUUCUCCCCAAUUUUUUCAUUGCAUUUAACUGCCUCCUAUCCACUUUUCUUUCCACCAAUACUUAACACAUAGGUUAUUUUUUUAGUUGACAAUAUUAUUUGUACUUACUAGGAAUACAGUAUUCUAAUUUGACACAUGUACCUCAUAUAAUUGGUCAUGAUAUAUAAUAGCCAAGUUGAAGUAAUUAAUUAGCAUUUCCGUCUCCUCAAAUAUUAUUUCUGUGUGCUGGGAUCCUUCAGAGUUUCCUCUAGUUAUUUUGUUACGUAUAAUUGUUACAGACUGUUUUCACUAUGCCAUAGAACAUUGGAACUACUCCCCUCUUCACCCAUGGUAUUUUGGUACCCAUUAUCACCCUCUCCAAAGCCCCCAUUUUUCUACCCUUCCUAGCCUCAAGCGACCUCUGUCAUUCUAUCUACUUCUAUGUAAUCAGAACUUUUAGCUUCAACAAAUGAGUGAAAACCAUUUGAUAUUCA